AUGGCCUUUGCACCCGACAAGGAGCUCCCUCAUUUGGAGCUCUACGCUCCUCCUUCCCGGCGCCGCUCCAGGAGCCUCAGGCCCCUCAGCACGCUGCUCUGUCUCGCGGCGGUUUCUGGCGUGUAUUUCUAUACGGUCUUCCAAGGCCUAUCCCGGGAGCACCGCACAGAGACCCUCCCUCUGGACGCACAGGCGGUCCUCAAUCAAUGCAGGUCCUUGCAACUGCAGCCAGGGCCUCCUGCGGACUUCCACAUGCGAACUCAAUCCGACAGGUACCAGCCGGGGACUGGACCGGUGCUCAUCCGGAACACAACUAUCUGGACGGGUCGCGCGGGUGGUGCCCAGGUGUUGAAGGGAGACGUCCUCUUGGAGAAGGGUUUGAUACAGUCCGUAUCUGACGUAUCGCCCGAGUCAUGGGCGAAGUAUACCAACAUCACGACCAUCGAAGCAAAUGGAGCAUGGCUUACCCCAGGCGUAAUCGAUCUUCAUUCCCACGUUGGCGUCGGAGCGGCACCUGCUCUAAGUGGAGCUGACGACGGGAACUCGUACAAGGGUCCCAUCGUGCCAUGGCUUCGCGCUCUGGAUGCACUGAACACUCACGAUGAGAGCUAUGUGCACGCGGUUGCGGGCGGAGUCACCACAUCCCUCGUACUCCCGGGUUCUCUCAAUGCGAUAGCUGGCCAGGGCUAUGUUAUCAAGCUCCGUCCCACGCACGAGCGCUCGCCGACCUCGAUGCUGCUCGAACCGCCCUUCGGCUUGAACGGGUCCCAUGUCGACCCUGCAGCGCCACCUCGCUGGAGGCACAUGAAACAUGCAUGCGGCGAGAACCCGCGGUAUUACCAAAGCACACGUAUGGACACGGUAUGGGCCGUUCGGGAUGCUUACGAGACCGCACGGAAAAUCAAGGUGGAACAAGACACAUACUGCUCCAAGGCGCUCGCCGGGGAGUGGAAUGCUAUCAAGGACCAAAGCUUUCCGGAGAACCUACAAUGGGAGAGCCUCGUCGAGAUUCUCAGAGGGCGCGUCAAGGUGCAAACACACUGCUAUGAGGCACUCGACAUCGACAACUUCAUCUCCAAUGAGUUCCAGUUCCCGGUCGCUGCGUUCCAUCACGCACACGAGGCCUAUCUCGUCCCAGAAGUCUUGAAGCGAGCAUAUAAGAAUGUUCCCGCCAUAGCGAUGUUCUCUACAUUUGCUAGAUACAAGCGCGAGGCCUACCGCCACUCCGAGUUUGCGCCACGGGUUCUGGCGGAUGAAGGUAUCGAUGUAGUCAUGAAGUCAGACCAUUCUGCCAUCGUCUCCCGAAACCUGGUGCAUGAAGCCGCGAUCGCGCAUCACUUUGGACUCGCGGAGAACAUCGCACUUGCGUCUGUUAUCAGCACGCCAGUGAAGGUGCUCGGUCUCGACCACCGCAUUGGUUUUAUUGCCAAAGGUUACGAUGCAGACGUCGUCCUCUGGGACAGCCACCCGCUGUCGCUAGGCGCAACGCCCACGCAAGUGUUUAUCGACGGCAUCUUGCAGCUCCCCCACGCGCACGUCGCUCCCAAGCCCGAUGCGCACCAACACGCGCCCACCUCCCCCGACUUCUCCCGGGAAGCGGCAGAAGCUGUCAAGUACGAGGGCCUGCCGCCUCUAGAGCCCAAACGGCGCGCGGACGUCGUCGUGUUCACGAACAUCUCAAGCUUCUGGACCAAGGACGCCACGGGCACACUCGUCGAUCUGUUCGCCCUUGGACCCACAACUGGAUCAGCGGGUGCCCCAAGCACGGUCGUCGUCUCCCAAGGACGCGUGAUCUGCGCCGAACGCGGCUCCGCCUGCGCGACCUACCUCGCAAGCUCAGACGCGGAGGUCCUGGACCUGCAGGGCGGCGCGAUCCAGCCCGGGCUCGUCAGCUACGGCUCCUCGCUCGGCCUCGCGGAGAUCGCGAUGGAGUCCUCGACCGCGGACGGACCCGUCGUCGACCCGCUCGACCCGAAUCAGCCGUCCCUCUUCGGGAAGGCGGGGUACAUCGGCCGCGCGGCGGACGGCCUCCAGUUCGGGACGCGGAAUGCGCUGCUCGCGUAUCGGUCUGGGGUGACGCUGAGUGUCACCGCGCCGUCGCACGACUCAUGGUUGAGCGGGCUGAGCGUGGCGUUCGCGCCUGGGGCGCCGCACCGGUUCGCGCGCGGGGCGAUUGUGCGCGAUGUCGUUGCGGUACAUGUUACGCUCGCGCAUGCGGAUGCGAUUCCGAGUGUGAGCACGAAGAUUGCGACGCUCCGCCGGCUCCUCGUCGGAGAUGCGGAGGGAGAGGUGGCUGCGUGGUUCAGCAAGGUCUCGAAGGGCGAGGUUCCGCUGGUCGUCAACGUGGGAAGCGCGGAUAUCAUCGCUACGCUUAUUGCACUCAAGAAGGAGGUGGAGGCGCAAACUAGGACAAAGCUCAAGCUCACGAUUGCGAGCGCAACGGAGGCGCACCUGCUCGCGGACGAACUAGCUGAGGCGGACGUUGGCGUGAUCGUAACGCCAUCACGGUCCUUCCCCUUCACAUGGGACGACCGCCGAGUUCUCCCCGGCCCGCCGCUCAGCGCAGACAGCCUGGUCGGACACCUCCUUAAGCACAACGUGACCGUCGGGCUCGGGCCCCGCGGCAUCGCCGCGCUCAGCAACCCCGGCAUGCCCGACAUGGCGUCCUGGUCCGUCCGCAACCUGCGUUUCGACGCCGGCGCGGCGCUCGACGCUGGCCCGGGCGUGAUCGACAAGGCGGGCACGUUCGCGCUCGUGUCCUCGAACGUGGAGAAGCUGCUGGGGCUGGGACUGGACGCGCGCGAGCAGGACCUGGUGGCGACCGUGGGCGGCGACCUGCUCGAUUUCGCGGGCAAGGUCAUUGCGGUGAUCUCGCCGCGGCAGGAGGCGGUGGAUAUCUUCGUCUGA